AUGCAAGUCGAAGAUCGCACCCCCAAUGACCUGGUCCAAAGCGAGCGCGGGCCACCACUUCCACGGGCUCUCGCCGGAGACCCGCCUUGGGACGAUGGACGCGCUUCCGAGUCAGAGCGGGCAGUCCCAUCUGUCGCAGGUGGUCAUGCGCCGAAGCAGACGUCCACCGGGACGCCGCAGUCCGUCCCAACGACACAAGAGGAGCUGCUCGAAAACCUUGUCUUCGCGCUCGCGACGAGACCCCGCCCCAGCAUCGCCCAAGCGGUCGCGUACCAUGCCCGCUUUCCGUCCCUGCACUCGACCGCGUCCUUCAACCUACUUAUCCGGUACGCGAUCCGGCAGGCGACGUUCGGGACGGUGCGGCACUUGCUGGCGCAGAUGGUGCGUGACCGCAUACUCGGAGACGAAGAGACGAGAGCGCUGCGGGUGCGGUGCAUGGUGCGGAUGGGGCUGUGGACUCGGGCGUGGCGCGAAGAGCAGGAGCAGGCGGAAGUGCAAGAGUCAGGGCUGCCCGCACGGAUCUGGUACGAGUUCUGGGACUCGGUCAAACAGGGCGCGAUCUCGGACGUCGAGCGCGUGCGGGGACGCGUGGCCACCGCUCGAAUACGACGGCUGCAAGCUGCGCCCGCAAGACGGCGGCGGGUCCCGCAGCACGUCGUGCAAGCGUUCGUGCGCUCGCUCGUCGCCCAGGGCCGGCGUGACGCGGCGUCCACGGUUGCGUCCGAGUACAUCCGCUCGCUGCCACCCACGCUCGACGCCCGGCUCCGGGACGGCGGCCUCGCGCUCAUCCACCUCCUCCUGGCCCCGGGAUCGCGGCGGCCGAAGCUCUCCGCGCACUUUGCCGCGCUCAAGACGCUCUUCACCUUCCUGGACAUGCACCGCGGCCUUCGGCCGACGGCGCAGACGCUCGACUUCCUCCUCCGCGGCCUGCUCCGCUCCCGCCACGGCGGCGCCCGCGCGGACAGGCUCGUGAGCACCUUCCGGAAGCGCUGGGGCGACGGGAUCGCGGACGACCCUGGCGUCCGUCGGCGGUGGGCCGCGCUCUGGUUCCGUCAGGGCGACGGCGAGCGCGCGCGCGCGAUCUCGCAAGCACAGAACAAGGCUGACAGGCGGCGACGGAGGCGGGCGCGGAAUGAAGGCACGACGGCUGGGCACGACAUUGGGAAGGCGCGGUGGAUGGGGCGGCUCGAGCGGCAUCGGGCUCCGCGGAUAGACAGGGAGCGGUGGGCCUGGCGGCAGCUGAGGAUACGGAUGGCGCGGGCGAAGAAGCGCGCUCGGGAGGCUGCGGGGCACGCGCCCGGCUAG